GUCUCCUGUUGAGAGAGAGAGAGAGAGAGAGAGAGAGAGAGAGACCUCUAACUUUUGGCCACAGUGACCCUCAAUCAAUUCUUUCCUGUCCUCACUGUCUUUCCCCCUCCAGAAGUCGACAGAAGAGAGAGGGAACUCCAUCCUUGGGUUUGUUUUCCUUCUUUGGGUGUUCUACUGUCAUAUUUGGUGGCCUGGCUUUGUGCUUUGGGAACUUGGGAUCAUAUGCAUUUCAAGAGUGACAGACCUUCUUGAGCAGAAUCACCAUGCUGAGGCAGGUAUCAAGUAGGAAUCAGAGAGGAAAGGGGGGUCUCAAGCCCAAAAGUGCUCUUCAAAUAUGUCUGUUGGUUGCCAUCUUUGUCUGGUUGAUCUAUCAGAUGAACUACUCUCAGUACAAGAAGAAAGCAUACGAAGAGAGCGACUCGAAGGUCUCAUUCAAGGGCGACGAGAGGCAGCUUGGCAUCACAAAGUUUAGCAGGAAAGAUCUGUCUCAUCCUGUCAACAUAGUGGACCGGAUCAAGCAAGAAGAGCAGGAGGAUGAUAAGAAGGUAGAACAUGGAAUUAAGCACGACAAGGUCGAGGAUGAAGAGGAUACUCGUGAGGAGAGUGAGGAUGAGACCAAGGAUGUGGAUGCAUUUGAGGACCGAGAUCAUGAAGAGGCGUUUCAUAAGGCUCGAGAAAUAAGUUUCAGAGGUGAUGAUGCCUCCAGUGAGGUAGCCCAUAUGGUGCAAGAGGUGGAACAUGGAGAAGGGUCUCAGGAGGCACGAGAGAGGAGUUUUAGAGCUGAUGAUGUAUCCAGUGCAGUAGCUCAUGUGCCAAAGGUGAAUGAGGCAGAGUCUGAAACUGUUGAUGGAGGAUUGAAGAAGCUGGAUGAGAAUGGAUCCAAGAUGGCAGACAGAAGAGAUGAAGAGGCUCGAAGUUUUGCCAAUGAAACACUCGAAGAUUCGAGUUCUAGCAAAUUGCUCGAUAAUUCGCAGGGAACCAAUUCAAGGAUCGUUCCAGCAAAUGUGUCGGCUGCAAAUAUAACAACAAGCGAAUCCAAGAACCACAAGGAACAGCAGCAGCAGCCUAUUCCAACAAUUGCAAGUAUCAUCAACAACCAAACUGGCAGAGAUGCGAAAAAUUUUACAGCUUUCUCAAUGAGUCAGAAGAAUUCUACUGUAGUAUCGGUAGAUAGGAUUGAAACCCAGGCCAACCAGAUGGUAAAGCUGGAUCCAAUUAAUCCCACAGUUUCACAAAAUCAAACUAGCACCGAGCAAUCAAUCGAUGGACAAGCUAAUGCAGUGAGGCUGAUAAUUCAGAAGACUGAUAAGGUUUCUGGACCAGAAGAAUCACAAUAUGAGAAUGGAACAUCCGUUAAACUGGAAUCUGGCAAUUCGUCGAACAGUUUAGCCGCAGAUAAAAAUAGAGAUGCACGCGGUGAACUUUUUGAUUCGCCGGACAUCCAAAACAUACGUAGCGGUAAGCAGGAAGCUGCAGAAGCAUAGUAGAUUAAGUGUAGUUGGUAGUGCCCGGAGGCAGUCAUGUUGUGUUCUUCCUUUUUGCUUCUCAUGGCUACAAGGGCAAAAGCAUUCUAUUCUGCUCUAUUGUGCCAUGCUGCUGCUAUCUGCUAACAAAUGGCUAAUGCCAUGGCAUGCUGCAAAGCUGUAAUGAUGUUUUAGAUAUAGUUGGGGAAAUUUGUCCUGCAUUUAGCUUUUA